CUAAAAUCACUUUCCCAAAAAACAAAUUAGGGUUCUUCAACGCUGCUUGAGCGAUGCUGUGUGAACAAUUUGCAGGUUGGACUUGGUGGCUCGAGGAUGCAUAUUUGCUAUUUACACCUGAUGACCCUGACUGGUUGAGACCUUACUAUAUCACACGAACCGAGGAAGAGGAGCCUCGUCUCACACCAGACCAAGAAACUGAUCUGAUGAACGAACAAAUCGAAGCUAGCGAGGGGUUUGAUAUCGAUUUUACCAAGUUCCGCUGCCUUUUCAACUACCAUCCUGUUGAUUUCGAUGAUGAUGAAUUCGUCGAGGAGCCAGAAACCAAUUUGGAUUUGCUCAAGAGGCUGGCUCAGAGAUCCAUUGAUAACUACAAUCAACAACAUGAGACAGAAUAUGAAUUUACCAAGGUUCUCUAUGCCAAUUUCCACAUGUCUGCUGGAGUAAUGUUUCUCAUUACAUUCCAAGUGAAGGAUCAUGCUAAUUACCUGACUAAAGACUUCCAAGCUAGGAUUCGCUAGUCUUUCGUCGAUGAGAGCAACUUUGUCUUCUGCCGGCCGAAACUUGAUCAAGAAGGUACUCUUUUCUUUUCCACAAACUGGGUAGCUUUUCGAAUGGGUCAUUAGGGUUGUUCUGAAACUUUGUCGUUCCUUGAGAUUUAUUCUGG